AUGCUCUCAUUCAUCCUGAUCCAGAAUCGCCAGGGCAAGACCCGUCUCGCGAAGUGGUACGCACCCUACAGCGACGAUGAAAAGAUUAAGAUGAAGGGCGAGGUCCACCGCCUCGUCGCCCCCCGAGACCAGAAAUACCAAUCCAACUUCGUCGAGUUUCGCAACAACAAGAUCGUCUACCGCCGCUACGCAGGGCUCUUCUUCUGCGCCUGCGUCGACACAAACGACAACGAGCUCGCCUUCCUCGAGGCCAUCCACUUCUUCGUCGAGGUCCUCGACGCCUUCUUCGGCAACCUCGACCUCGUCUUCAACUUUUACAAAGUCUACGCCAUCCUCGACGAGGUGUUCUUGGCCGGCGAGAUCGAGGAGACGAGCAAGCAGGUCGUGUUGACGAGGUUAGAACACUUGGAUAAAUUGGAAUAA